AUGGCCAAUAGAGAAGAUAUAGUGGAACCGAUACCAACGACACGACGGCUAAUAGAAAUUCUAUGGCUGAUAUUACAAUUUCUCAAAAUAUACUGGAAAAUAGUGUUUGCCUUAUCUUGGCUACUUAUACUAAUAAUUUUACUUACGACUUAUAAUACUUCGGAAACUAGAUGCGCUUUUGUCGUAUUAUUAUUGGCUGGUUAUUGGAUUACUGAAUGUUUUCCUAUGGCAGUUACUUCCAUAAUUCCAGUUGUGUUAUUUCCAGCAUUUGGAAUAUUAACUUCACAAGAAGUUUGUGGUUGUUACAUGAAUGAUACUAUAAUGGUUUUUAUAGGAGGUUUAAUUCUUGCUAUAGCAAUCGAACAUAGUGGAUUACAUUUACGAAUCGCUCUUGGAGUAAUGAAAGUAGUUGGAUGUACUCAUGCAAAAAUACUUGGUAGUCUUUGUGCUGUAACCACUUUAAUAUCCAUGUGGAUUACAAAUACUGCAACAACUGCCAUGAUGGUGCCGAUCAUAUUCGCAAUUCUGAAUCAAUUAGAACAGGCUGGACUUUGUGAAGUCUACAUAGAGAAAAUUGUUCCGGAAUCUACAGAACCAAUACAAGAACCAACAAAUAUAACAAAAGCUUAUUUACUGGCUGCUGCAUAUUGUUCAAGCAUUGGUGGCACAGGAACACUUGUAGGUACGGGUACUAAUCUUACAUUUAAAGGAAUUUUCGAAAGUACAUUUCCACUUGCCGAGCCUAUUACCUUCACAAAUUGGAUGAUAGCUUCUAUACCACAAAUGGCUAUUAAUUCCUUCUUGACGUGGAUUUAUCUUCGCAUAGCUUUUAUGGGUUAUCUUAGACCGAAAAGCAAAGAUGCAGCAGCAGCAGCUAUUGGUACAGAAGGAGAAGCGAUUACGAACGAAGUAAUAGGUCAAAGAUAUAAAGAACUAGGAAAAAUGUCAUUUCAUGAAUUAUCAGUUGCUAUCCUUUUUAUUAUUUGCGUAAUUUUAUGGUUAUUUCGAAAACCUGGUUUUGUAGCAGGAUGGGCAGAAUAUUUAACACAAAUAGAUGUUCGAGAUUCAUUGCCUGUCAUAGGUAUAUCAGUCCUAAUGUUUUAUAUACCGAAAGAUUUAAAUUUUCUUUCUAGUUUUAGCAGAGAUCCGGAAAUAAGACCUAUUAAAUCUUCUGAAGGUUUGAUUACAUGGAGCUUAAUCCAAAAAAAGAUGCCUUGGGGUUUAAUGUUUCUUUUGGGCGGUGGUUUUGCAAUAUCCAGAGCCACUGUUGCUUCCGGAAUGGCAAGAAUGAUUGGACAAGCAAUGAUACCAUUACGAUAUUUGCCUCCAGCAUUAGUUAUGAUUUUCGUUUCCUUUUUCAUUGGCACUUUUACGGAAUUUACUGCGAAUGUCGGUGUUGCAAAUAUUACCUUACCAAUUGUAGCACAAAUGUGUAUAGCAAUGGAGAUGAAUCCAUUAUAUUUAAUGGUGCCAGCAACUAUAAUGUGUUCUUAUUCUUUUCGAUUACCGGCUGGUACGCCUCCAAAUGCAAUUAUAGCUAUGGUUGGAAAAUUGAAAACUAAAUAUUUAAUGAUGGGAGGUUGCAUUCCUUCCAUAUAUACUCUUUUAAUAAAUUCUUUUUUUUUCAUUAUAUGGGGUACUCGUGUUUGGAGUACAGAUGAAUUUCCAGAUUGGGCUAAAUACGAAAAACAAAACGUAUAAAUUUUUAUA